UCCACCCUGCACCACACCACACCUCCCCAUAUCAAACCUUCAUUGUGACCUCACCUUCCUACAGACUAGACGUAUAGCUUGGUAUAUCACACAUCAUCGUCAGACAUGGCUCCCCUCAUCACCCUGAUCACUGGAUGCUCCACGGGCAUCGGUCUUACCACAGCCGUCAAGAUGGCCAAAGACGCGAAGAAAUACAUUGUAUACGCCACCAUGAGGAAUCUGGCUAAGAAAGGAGACCUUGAGCAGGCUGCAGGCAGCGCCCUCAACGAUACCCUAUUUGUUCGGCAGUUAGAUAUCACUGAAGAGGAGUCGAUUGUGGCUAUUGUUAAACAAAUAAAAGAAAACACGGCAAGAUCGAUAUUUUGGUAAACAACGCAGCGUUUGGAUGGAUGGGUCCUUUGGAAGAGAUGACAAUGACUCAUAUGAGAAAUAUGUCUGAAACCAACAUCGUAGGAACAUUUCGGAUGACCCAGGAAGUACUUCCUCCCAUGAAACAACAGAAGUCAGGUCGUAUAGUUAGUAUCAGCAGUCUGGCCGGCAUUAAUGGGUUUCCAUUUAGUGCCGUUUACAGCGCAUCAAAGUUUGCUCUUGAAGGAUUCACUGAAUCUCUCCAUCCUGAAUUGAAAUGUUUCAACAUCAAAAUCAGUACGGUCUGCCCUGGUCCAGUUAUAACCAGUUUCAAAGAUAACAUGAGCGCUAACCAAGAUCCGGAAGCUAAAUCAUCUGAUGCAGAAAACCCUACAAAGAAGUUGUUCACAGGCGCAAUAGCAGCAAUGAUGCCACACAUGAAGUCAGCGGCUCAAACAAGUGACGAGAUUGCUGACGUCAUAAUCGACUGUAUCAAAGCUGAAGAUCCUGCCCUUCGUUAUGGAACGAAUGAGGGAACCAGUAAGCGCGUGACAGAUCGCUUUGGUGGGGGUAUCGGAGAUGCCGCAGCUCAGAAUUGGUAUAAAAUGUUGGAACCAGCUUCAAAGAUUUGAAGAAAUAUACGCCUUAUCUCUUUCUAAACACCAAGAGUGAUUUCACAUCUGCCCUUUCUUUAUCUGGCUCUCUUUAUUUCUUCUCCUCCUCCUCCUUCUUGUUCU